UAAGGCGGACCUCCGGGCGGGCAGAGAGGGAUGGCUUGUCGCGGUCUCUGCUCUUGUUCUUCGCCCAGAUUUCGCCUCACCAAAGACACCGCCCGGAUCCUGCUCCUGGCCGUUCUGACAGUUCUGUACAUGGUUUGCGGAGCUGCCAUCUUCUCCGUUAUAGAGCGGCCCUCCGAGCUGGAAGCCCAUCAGAAGUGGCAGAUAAUCAUUGAAAACUUCUCCCAGAAGUACAACCUGCCUUUGGCGGACCUGAGGAGUUUUCUGUUUGAGUACGAGGCCGCCUACCGGACUGGUAUCCGGAUCAAUGUGACGCGGCCCCAGUGGGACAUAGUGGGGGCCUUUUAUUUUGUAGGCACCGUUUUUUCUACUGUAGGAUUUGGCAGAACUACACCAACUACCAGAACAGGCAAACUUUUUCUGAUAUUUUUUGGCCUUUUUGGCUGUGCAGCGACCAUCUUGUUCUUCAACUUAUUCCUUGAGCGCCUGAUCACAGUUAUAGGAUAUGUUAUGAAGACUUACCAUGAGAGGAAGCUAAAACGAAAAUUUCCUAAAGAUGUCCAGCAGGCUGGGAUUGAUGAAGUAGACAGCUUAGCUGGAUGGAAGCCCUCUGUGUAUCAUGUCAUGCUUAUCUUGUGUUUGGUAUCAGUCAUUGUUUCCUGUAGUGCCUCUGCUAUGUUCUCAGCAACAGAAGGAUGGAGUUACUCUGAUUCCCUUUAUUAUUGCUUUGUGGCCUUCAGUACUAUUGGUUUUGGUGACAUGUUGAGUGGUUGGAAUCCACGCUACAAAAGUCAACACCUUUAUCGGUUUGGCAACAGUGUUGUUAUACUCAUAGGGAUAUGUUUUAUCUAUUCCUUAUUUAAUGUGAUCGCCAUUGUUAUCAAACAGUUCUUAAACUGGAUAUUAAAGAAAAUGGGCAGCACAUGUCGUAAGUGCCGAAAAAAACUCUUGAGGUCACAGAAAAAUGUUGUGAUGCCAGGGACUAUGUGGGGACAGCGCAACGUAUCAAUUGAAUCAGAUGGUGUCCUUGACAGUGAGACAGAAGGACGAGGAAUAUCUGGUGAAAUGUCCAUGAAAGACCUCUUAGCUGCUAACAAAGUAUCACUUGCUGCCAUACAAAAACAAUUGGCUGAAAUUCCUCCUCGCAGACCACCAGUGCCAAAUGGAUUUCCAGGUGGAGUAGGUGCUUUGGGAAUGAUGAGCAAUAGGCUGGCAGAGACAAGUACUGAUAGGUAAACAUUAACACUGGAAUAUGUCAGUAAAUAUGAGAAGAUAAAAAUCAAAUCACAGAGACAGCUAACUGAACAAGAUGAUUUUCAGAAAGACAAGUCCUAGUUUCGUUGCUGGCAGUUAGUUAUGUGUUGCAUUUUGCACAUAAUGGUCUGCUCUUGCUCAAUAGCCCCUGCUGAAGAUGAUUGAAAGGUAUCAUUUCAUGUAGCCGCACUUAAAAGUUUCAGCAGUAUGUGUCAAAAGCAUGAGAAAGUAAACAAAACACCCAAUAGACUAAAUUUGCUUCAUUAGUAAUUUAGUCUUGGAAACUGCUGUGUUAUUGUAGCUUAUCAGCUUCAGCACAGAGUACAAGUGUUAGUGUGAAAAAGACGUC